CGCCCGGCCCACCGCCCGAGGGAGGGCUGCGCGCAUGGCUGGCUCUGUGCUCUGGAGCUACAGUCAUGGCGCUCUCGUUCGGCAUGGUCAACUCUUUUGGCGUGUACCAGAGCUACUAUGAGAACAAGUACCCCCACAUCAGCUCAAAUACGCUUUCGAUCAUUGGGUCUCUGCAGGGCUGUCUCACGUUUGCAACAGCACUGCCGUCGACUGUGGGGAUGUACUAUUUAGGGCCGCAGGUUAUGGUGGGGGCUGGCGGGCUCGUUUGCAUACUGUCGUACAUGUUUCUGUCGAUCACGACGGCUCCGUGGCAGAUUUUCGUGGUGCAAGGCCUGAUGUUCGGGGUGGGGUCUGGACUCAUGUACGUGCACUGUGCUGGAGUGGUGUUCCAGUACUUCCACCGGCGCAAAGCUAUUGCGUCCGGGCUGAUCACCGCAGGGGCCAGUAUGGCGGGCGUGUACUGGCCGAUCGGUGUGCGCGGCCUCAUCAACAAAGUGGGGUUUGCGUGGGGGAACAGAGUAAUCGGGUUUCUGUACAUCCCGAUGGUGGCCUUUGCAACCAUAAAUCUGCGGCCUAGAGUGCGUCCGCCGCCGCGCAAGCCGGGCCAGAAUGUGCUGCGUAUCAACUUCCGAGUGGUGCUGAACUGGCGUUUCCAGGUCCUCAACAUCUCGUUCGCGGUGGCCAUUUUGGGGCUCUUCCCCGGCCUGUUCUACGUGGACCUGUUUUGCCAGCGGCUGGGCGUGGCACAGCCGAUCCAGGACUACAACGUUGCCAUUGUCAAUGCGGCGACGCUCCUGGCGCGCGUCUCGUGCGGGUACAUCGGCGACAAGCUCGGCAGAUUCAACAUAAUGAUCCCCACGCUCGUGAUCAGCGGCGUGCUACCACUGGCGCUGUGGAUGCCGGCACGCUCGUCGGCGGCGACGCUGGCGUUCUGCAUUACGUGGGGGUUUUCUACGGGCCCGUUUGUGAGCUUGGCUCCGGCCAUUGUGGGCCAACUGUUUGCAGACGAGCUGCCGUCGUAUCUCGGUGUCUUUUUCCCGACAGCAGCGGUGGGCGUACUUGUGGGGCCCAUAAUUGCGGGAACAUUCAUCCCGCCGGGACACGUAGACAACGUGAAAGGCUUUGACAAGCUGUGCGUCUUUGUGGGCGCGCUCUUUCUCGCGACAGCCGCAUCGCUGUCGGUGCUGCGUUUCGUCUACCAGCGCAGGCUGCUCGCGAAAAUGUAAAAAAAAAAUUACGUAAGAUAAAUUCGC